AAAAUCAAUAGUCGCCGCCAUAUUUUUUCACUCAACGAAAACCAACGCGCUUCGGACACCGAAUUAUGUUUAGAAAACUAAGUUAUUUAGGAUAAGCUACAGUUAAAAGUGCGCCAAGUGACCAAGUGACCAGUUAUCAUUAACAGAAACGAUUCCCCGUCGCCAGCAAUAGUCCCCUGAAUCGCCAGUCUCCGGCAUCCUAUCGCUGCUUCUUCUUCCUCCGGCUUCAGCAGUCUUAAACUCCGCGUCCAAGUGCGAGGUAUUCCAGUGCAAGUGCUAGUGCGUGUGAUCUAGUGUGCGAGAACAGCCAGCGAGGAGCAUGGAAGGAGCCUCAGUGUCCUCGCCAUCGAUGGGCGGCCCACGUGGCGGCGGUUUCCGCGGACGGGGUGGUGGAGCCCCAAUGCGCGGUGGCUUCGAUCGCGGACGUGGUCGUGGCGGUCGUGGACACUUUAUGGGUGGCAUGCGCGGAGGCGGCGGCAGCGGAAUGGGCGGAGGACCGCCCAUGCAGGGCAUGAUGUCGGGUCCUCCAAGGGGAAUGCGUGGUUCCCGAGGCGGUAUGGGCUAUCAGGGACGCGGCGGUGGCUAUCAGCCGCGUGGUGGCGCUCCCAUGGGCAUGCGGGGCGGUCGCCCGCCAUUGUAUUCGCAGCCUCCCAAACAACACACAGGUGCCGAGAACAACAAGACGGUAUCACCAGUGCCCACUUCGGCGAUCAGUGGAGAGCAGCCAGCGGUUGAGGCAGACGGUGAUGAGGUCACCGACGGCCAGACAUCAGCAGUCGUCCCAUCUUCGAGCAACUCACAUGGCGGCAGUUCCGCUCCUGGUGGCAGCAACGGCGGGGGACCUCCUCCCUAUCUGGGCCGUGGACGUGGACGCGGUGGUCCCUUCAGCGGACGUGGACGUGGUGGCGGCGGCUACAAUUCGCACAUGAACGGCAGUGGAGGCGGCAGUAUGUACGGUGGCUCCCACAGCCAUCACGGCAAUUCCAUGGGCGGCGGUCCGGGCAGCGAGCACGGUUCGAUGCCCAGGCGCGGAGCUCCUCGGGGCAGGGGCGGCUACAAUCAAGGUAUGAGUCGGCCACCCUUGCAUCACCAUCAGGCACAUAAUCCCAAUACACAACUUGCACCGGUACCAGCUCUCAAACGCGGCGCUCCCGGUGGUCCUGGUCCCAAACGCGGUCGCUACGAGGGCGGUCCCUACGGCCAGCGGCCCAUGACGCCCAAGUACCAUUCCACCCAGCAGCAUAUGGGUGGUGGAGGGGGCGGCGGCAUGUCUUCGCAGUCCUCUUAUGGCUCGCCGCCAAGUCAUCAUGCGCCACAACAAAGUCAUCACAGCUAUCAGACUCACGACCAGACCCAGCAAGUGGAUCCCUACGCGCAGAGCGGCUACAGCACCCAGACCACCCAGCAGGGAUACAAUGGCUAUGGCCAGGGCAGCAGCAGCAGCUAUGCGGCUCACACAUCGCAGACAAGUGCUCCGGCGAGCAGCAGCUACGGCGCCCAUCACAGCACCGAAUACGAUCAGAGCCAGUAUCAAAACUACAACAGCUCGACGGGCUAUGCUGCUCCGCAGGACACGCGGUACCAGUCGUACAGCCAGGACUACAGCCAACAGUACGGCUCGACUGCAGUGGACUACAAUGCGACCGGACAAGCGGACUACAGCCAGCACGGAGCGCAGAGCACUGGCUAUGAUGAGCGUGCCUACGCGGGUUAUGAUUCGCAGGCCUACUCGCAGAACUAUUCAAACGCAGCCGCCUACUACUAAAAAUAAUAUACAGCUUCCCACUCCCACCCCUGACGGCACACUAGAGAUCAGAACGCUGCGCGUGCUUCGAUAGGCCAAGAAACCAAAUAAGAAGGGAUUAGGGCAGAAAAAUAUCGAGUAACAGGAAGGGAAUUUAUGUUGAAUGCAUUAAUUAACUUGCAAUACAUAAUACGCAACACACACACAUACGGUCACUCAAAACAUACAAUUUUAGUUGUUAGGAUAACAGUUCUCUUUUUCUUAGCAUUUAAGCAACACUAGUGUUUCGACGUCUUUCUACAUAAACCCCUACCCCAAAUUAAUUUUCCCCUUUGUUUUCGUUUCGUCUCCCUAUGAAUCCUGAACAGAUAUAUCGAAAAUAUCCGCCUUGCCUGUUGUUUAAUGUUCUCUUAAUAGACAAACGGAGCUAGCCCGCACUGAGCUCCAGCCUAAGAAAAAUUAAAUGUGCUCCUCCUUAGUUCCAUUUACAAUUACAAGUCACCUGUGACCAAAGUAUGCUACAAUCAUAUUUUUUAUAUGACGGAAAAAAUACGAGUACGCACGUACAUGAUCUUCUGAAUGAACUAAACUAAAUUAAAACAUUUUGUGAAUCAUGUAAAAUUGUAUACAAAUGAAUGCAAUGUAUAUUUUAGUUAUUAAGCUGAAAACUGCAAACGACUCUUGACACAGUUAUUUACAAUCCCACAUGCAUCUGAAAGCGUUUAUGAUUUUGCAAGAUUGUGUUUUUUCUUUAUGAAUGACGAAAACGUGACAAAAGCGUGACUUAUUACUUUUUUUGUUUUACAAAAACCUCUUAUAGCAACAAUUUAAGCAACAAAAGCUCGUAAUUAUGUAACUCCUUAAAAUUAAGAUGAAAAAAAAAUCAAGUAACAAAAUACACAAAGUAUAUUAGAAAAAGAUGCAGAAACCAUAACCAUAAUCAAAGUCAAUAAAAUAAUGUUCAAAAA